AUGAUUACGAAGUACUUUGCAAAUGUGCUGGUGAAAUUUAAUCCAUUCAGCACGGGAGCAAAAAGUGCUAGGAUUUUUCUUUCCCGCAUGCCAUCCACGGCAAAGAUAGACUUCAAACUCUUGAAUAACCCAUCUGAUCAACAAGAGAUUAAAGUAGCGUUCAAAGAUAAACAUGUAAUGACUGUUGACCCUAGCACUAUGACCGUGGCUGAUUUGGGAGAUUAUUUUGAUUCACACUCGAGAAAGUUGGCGAUCAAGGAUUCCAUUCAAGAGUAA